CGGAGGAUUAGUUUGAGAAAAAUGGUUCACGCGUGAUGUCUGAAUAAUAUUUUUGAUGCCACCUGUCCGGUGUUCGUUUCCCUUGAAGAGUUGAUUUUUUCGUUUGUUUGAAAGGGGUGUAAUCGGAAAUAGAUCUGGAAAAUUGUCAUUUAAAUAAUCAACUUUCAAAUUUGAUUAAAAAAUAAUGAAAUUUCUCUAAGUUAUUUAAAGUACCAACUUAACUUGAAUAAUCAUUUUAAACUUUAAUUUAAUUUGACUAAACCAAAUUAAAAACAAUUUUGUUAAGUCUAAAUGACGUCGUUUUAAUAUUUAAAAAAAAAAUUAUAUUUGAAAGGAAUCAAAUCCAUCACCCAAAAAAAUUGUAUUUGAACCAUGUUGAAGAUUUCUUGUAAACAUUUCUUCUGUAGUCUGCAUUAAUAAAUCGUUUUCUCCGGGACUUGAAACCAUGAUUUCCUGUAAUCUGCAAGAAAUUGCAUAGUCUGAGGUUCGAAUCCAAUAUCUGGGUGUAGAAUCCUUUAAACUUUAACCAGUAGGCUACGGUGCUUACACAAUGAAUUUAUGGUUAGAUUAAUAAAAAACUUAUUAUAUAUUUAGAUGGAUCAAUCUAUUUUUUUUUUUAAAUUCUAAAAAUCAUCAUAGUGAUAACACUAGGAUACAAAAAAUAUUGUAAUGCUUCUCGAUUAAUAUAUAGGAGAUAUCAAAAUUAAGAACACUUACAACUAAUAGAUUUCACAUGAUAUCUAAGAUUAAAAAUAAAUGAAAAGCAGAAAAAUUAUGAGAGAGAUAGAGGCGUAAGCUUUAAGCUAGGAUAUUCUUAGAGCAUGAUAAUGAGGGGUUCUUAAAGCGGGAUUCUUAGCGGAAAAUAAAAAAAAUAUUUCUUAACUUUUAAUCAACAAAACUUAAGAACCGGUUCUUAAAACUAUUUAAGAGCUUUUAAAAACCGGUUCUUAGUUUUUUUAGUUAAAAGUUAAAAGACAGUUUCUUAUUUUCCGCUACAAAUCCUAUCUUAAGAACCCCUUCAUUAACCAUACUCUUAGAAACUCUAUUACUUAGCUGUCAAACUAUAAGCGGUUGUAAUUUUUAAAAAUAAAUAAAAUUAAAUAUUUAAUAAAACAUAAUAAAAUAGUAUUUUUUUUUCUAUCAGAGAAACUUAAUUUGAGAACCUAAUUGAUAAGGUUGGUCUUAAAUAUGUGACAAAAAUAAGAAAGCUGUCAUUAUUUAAUAAAUAUUUGGACAAAGAAUAGAAAUAUAUAUAUGAUGACUAGUUUAGUCUAUUAAAAUUAAACAAUUUUGAAUCAAAAGAAACAAAUAUCUAAGUAUGUUAGAAUAAAGUAAUUUUCUAAUAAAAGAUAUAUAUUAAACGACAUAGUUUUAAUUCAAGUGGCAUGUCAUUGUAAUUAUCGAGGAAAACUCAGGAUUAAAUACAAAAUGUACUCUUGUUUUAAUAGUUUAGAAGUGCCUUAUGGUAAAAUCGUAUUUUUAUGAGAUGGAUUUCAUAGUAAUAACGUUCUUUUAAGUUCUUUUGAUUACAAAAGAUUUAUAAUUUAAAUUCAAUAAGCAUCAAAAAUAAAUCAGUAAUGAGAAAAACAAGAGAUUUUUUUUUUUUUUGUUGAUCAAACAAACAAGAGAUAUUUUUUUAUGGAAAUAGAAAGUAGUUUAUAUUUGUUGACAAAAAAAGUUUUCUUCUAAAAGUAGUUUCUAUUACACAAGCGGCUUUUGUGUGUUCUAGGGUUCUAAACAUGGCCGCCAUGGAACCGUCACCAACACGUGACCUAGCUCACGACCAAAACUCUCCAAAAAACAUUCCAUUUGACCUAACUUUUGAGAUACUCUCGAGACUUCCUGCCAAAUCCAUCAUCAGGUUCCAAUCUGUAUCCAAGCUUUGGUCCUCUAUCAUCCGCAGCAAAGAUCUCGCAGACUCGUUCCUGAUUCACUCAAAGACUCGACCACGUCUACUUUUCACCUUCAAGCACUUCGAUUCCAGGCAACGUUUCAUCUUCUCUGCUCCAGAACACGACACCGAAGAAAACUCAUCCACAGCCAGACACGACAUGACAAUCUCGGACCUCGUCAGCUACUACAUCAAAUCUCGCCCUGUGAACGGUCUGAUAUGUUGCACGCGUGGUUCAUCGAUAGCAGUUUGUAAUCCCACCACCAGACAAAUCUUGAAACUGCCAGAUGUUACACUCAACGGAAGAGACAUGUACGCACGUCUCGGUUACGAUCCUGUCCAAGACCAGUACAAAGUCUUGUGUGUGAUGAUGCAUGACGGGUUUGACAGCCGCACAAAAGACAAUAUAGAGCAGGAGCAUUUCGUUUUCACAUUGGGAUGUCAACAACAAGAGUGGAGAAAGAUUGAGUUCAUCGACGUCGGAGAUCCUUACACGGAUGUCAAAGGAGGGGUUUGCAUCAGUGGUGGUAUAUAUUAUGUAAUUGGACAUAAAAAGAUAGCUAGGUUCGAUGUUAGAUCCGAGAAGGUGGAGCUUAUUAACGCACCACAAGAAGAUAUGUUAAACGAAGAGGAUAUCAAAAAAGUAAUCGUUUACCAUAGCUCAGACGAUAUCUCAACAAUAAACGCUCACUGUUGGACUCUUGUAAACCACCAAGGUAAGUUAGGAGGAACUGAUUAUCAGGAAUUCCAUCUUAUGCGUUUGUGGAUUCAAGAAGAGGAAGAUGAAUCAUGGAACAUCAUGACUUGCGAUGUGCCUACUGACUGGGGAGAUUUGUUUAGAGACAAAGGACUGUCUUCUCCGGGAGAGAUUCAUACAGGAGAAGUUAUGUUGGUGUCUGAUACGUUGGAGUCGUCUAAGCCUUUCACUGUUUACUAUUACGACAUGAUCAGAGAGAGUUUCAGAAGUGCAACAGUGGAAGGUAUCGCGGAUAGUGAGUUUAGACGUGGUAUCCACGGUUUUGGUAAGCGUAAUCGUGAUAUGUUGUGUUUUCCAGGUCACAUUGAGAAUAUCAUGUUCUUCUAA